AUGAAACAAGUAGCAAAUCAACAACCACUGGAUGUACAUCAUUUAGAUAAAAAUUCAUUAGUUUUAUGGAAAAAAUCUCAAUAUAAUUAUGUAUUUAAUUGUAAUCCAUAUAAAAAUAAUCAAGAAGAAUAUUGUAUACCAAUUAUUGAAUCAUCAUCAAAAAUUGAUAGACCUUAUUGUUUUGAUAAGUAUAAACGAUCUUCAAAAAAUCAAAUUAUAAUUCAAGAAAGUCCAAUUAAAGAUUAUUUUAAACCAUCAUUAUGUGCUUGUUUAAGUUGUUUUUGGAUGUGUGCUGGUAUUAUUUGUCUUAUUCAAUCAAUAAAAAUUCGAUAUUUAUUAAAAAAAAAUCAUCCUCAAUUUAAUAAUGAAGCACGACAACUUUCAAAUCGUUUAUAUACAAAUUUAGUUUUAACAUAUGUUUUAGGUGGAAUUAUUAUUGGAGUUUUAAUUAUGACUGUACUUGUUACAUUUUUUGUUGGAAUUAAAGGAUAUUUUAGUAAAUCACUUUGA